CGGGGCGUGAUGACGUCACUGCCCCGCUCCCUAGCAGUCAGUAGAGAUAGAUAGCUGAGCGAUGGCUUCGUAGCGCCGCUCUCCUCUGCAACCUCCCUUUUCUUCCUGCCGCUUUGGUGCCGUUUGCUUAUUUUCGGACAUAACCGUCGAAAGAAUUGAACAGAGCCAGUCUCGGGUGGGAAGGAGCCGUGUCAGUGCUAACAAAUCUUCACAAGGUCGAGAUCUGACGGAGAGAGAUUUGGUCCUCUUCGGAGAGGAACCCUCCCCCAACCCCCUCCCCCACCCGCACAGGGGCCAUGGGUGAAGAGGAGCAGCCCAGCCCAGAGGCUGGGAGUCCCGAUGUGGAAAAGGAACAUCUACAGGUCCCGUUCCCGGUGCUGCACGGCGAGUGCGUGGAGUAUGUGGAAAAGACGGAGGAGGUUGUCAUCGCCUUGACUAGCUACCGCCUUCACAUCAAGUUCAAAGACAACAUUGUAAACGUCCCUCUGCAGCUCAUAGAGACUGUGGAGUGUCGUGAUUUGACUCAGCUUCACCUCAUCUGUAAGGACUGCAAGGUUAUCAGGUGCGAGUUCAGCUCGUCGGAGCAGGCUCAGGAUUGGCUGCGUCGGCUCACUGCAGCUCUUCGCCCUCCCACUCGCCUCGACGAGCUCUUCGCCUUCGCUUUCUACACCUGCAGUGCCAGCGUACCAGCUGAGCGAGACUUCUAUGAUGAGAUUUGCCACACUGGUACAGGGGAACCCGUAAAGGACCGAUUUAAGCACGAAGUGUGCAGGAUGGGGUUCGACACCCACAGUGCCUGGAGAAUCUCAGACAUUAACAACAAUUACAGACUCUGUGCCAGCUACCCUGAGAAGAUCUUGGUGCCGAGCUGGGUCACUGACACAGAGCUAGAGAAUGUGGCGGCAUUUCGAUCCUGGAAGAGAAUUCCAUCUGUUGUUUACAGACAUCAUAGCACAGGUGCUGUGAUUGGUCGAUGCGGGCAGCCUGAGGUGAGCUGGUGGGGCUGGCGGAAUACAGAUGAUGAGAACUUGGUGCAGUCCAUCGCUAAGGCCUGUGGAAUGGACCCUGUGGCUGUUAAACAUAUCAGCAACGGCUCCUGUGUCCACAGCAGCUCAGACCCUGACAUCACAAACGACAAUGAGGAAGUGGAGCCGAAUACACCGCCUCCUCAGAAGCUACUAAUAAUGGAUGCCAGGUCAUACGCAGCCGCCGUGGCCAAUCGUGCCAAAGGAGGUGGCUGUGAAUGCCCAGAGUACUAUCCAAACUGUGAGGUAAUGUUCAUGGGCAUGGCCAACAUCCACUCUAUCAGGAGGAGUUUCCAGUGCCUACGGGCUCUCUGUGCACAAGUUCCCGAUCCUGCCAACUGGCUGUCUGCUUUAGAAAGCACUAAAUGGUUGCAGCAUCUGUCUCUGCUGCUCAAGGCGUCUUUGUUAGUAGUGAAUGCAGUGGAUCGGGACAGCAGGCCUGUACUGGUGCACUGUUCUGAUGGCUGGGAUCGCACGCCGCAGAUAGUGGCUCUGUCCAAACUGCUGCUUGACCCCUACUAUAGAACAAUGGAGGGUUUCCAGGUUUUGAUCGAAACAGAGUGGCUAGAAUUCGGUCACAAGUUUGCGGACCGCUGUGGACACGGGGAAAACGCAGAGGACGUGAACGAGCGUUGCCCCGUCUUCCUACAGUGGUUGGACUGCGUGCACCAGCUCCAGAGGCAGUUUCCCUGCUCUUUUCAGUUCAACGAGGCCUUUCUGGUGAAGCUGGUGCAGCACACCUACUCGUGUCUGUUCGGGACAUUCCUGUGCAACAGCGCGAAAGAGCGAGAAGAACGAGGCAUAAUGGAGAACACCUGCUCCGUCUGGUCUCUGCUUCAGUCAGCUAACAGAGCCUUCCAUAACAUCUUAUAUUCCCAACACUCUGAGACGGUGCUACACCCAGUGUGCCACGUGAGGAACCUGAUGCUGUGGAGCGCAGUCUACCUGCCUAACUCUGCCCCCUCCUUGCUUUGUGAGGAGUCAUGUGCUUCUUAUUCAACUGCUUCAGCUUCACCUGAGGACACGCCCCCUGGCAGGCUGCCAAAGACUCGUUCCUAUGACCACCUGCUGACAGCUUGCGAGGGAACAAAUCUCUUGGCUUCGAACCGUCGCUGCAGUGAUCCCAACCUAAACGAGACGUGGCAGGAGCACCUUCGAUCCGAGGAACGAACAGCAGACACCCAGCCUGAGGAGAACCUUAAGCAAGCAGCCUGUUGUAAUACACAUCAUCCUGAAUCGACAGGAUCAGACGACGAUGGAUUACACAAUGUAGUGGAGCAUGCGGACUCUAAACAAGAAAAUGGGAUUCUUUUAUCAAAUCAGGGUGGGGAUUCCUCCCCGGGAGCCAGCCCACCUUCUCCAACUGAGCUGUCCGACACGACCCCUGAACAGAACGGUGAGGAUUCAGCUUGUGAUAAAGCACUAAAACAAUCCACAGAGGAAUCCGCCACUUUGGACGUCUCUCCUGAGCACGUCACUAACGGCCAAGAAUGUUUCUCCACUAAACAGCAUCUUUGUUUAACUAAUAACCUAAAAUCUCACCCUGCGUCUCCACAAGAUACCUCUUCAGAAGCAUUAAACACACCCAGCCCACUCCAUUCGCCUUCACAGCCUCUGUCCCCGAAGCUGAAUAGCCACAGCUCGGCGUGCAAUGGCGAAGAUCCUUGCGUUAACGGCUACUUUUCACAAAAAUCUCUGAGUCGCCAGACAUCCACAGCAAGCGGCGGGUCUUUGGGCUGUCACGGGCGAGUGUUGGCUCAGGGUGCUCACCUUGGGGAGGACGGCCUCAGCGUGCACAGGGACGCUGUACAGGUGCGGCUCAGGCAGAUGGAGGCGGGUCACCAGCUGCAGGUGGAGACGCUGAAGAGGCAGGUGCAGGCGCUGUGGAACCAGCUGCACGUCAGUGGAGAGCUGACUCCUGUACCAGACGGGGAGAAUAACGUGGAGGCCGUGCAUCUCUCUCGCUGCGGCACCGAGCUCUUCUCCGAGAGCGGCUGGGAAAACGAGGAGCCUGAUGACAAACAGGUCCCCCACUGGUAUCCUGAUCACCUUCCAACACACUGCUACAGAUGUGAGAGCAAGUUUUGGCUCGCUGCUAGGAAACAGCAGUGCAGUGCCAGAGAACCUGUUGAGGAAGCCUGGAACUGCGGGAAUGUGUUCUGCGCUAGCUGCUGUGACCACAAGGGGGCGAGUCAGCAGAUGUACGAGCCUAACCGCGUGUGCCAGGCCUGUUACGGGCAUCUCCGCCCAUCGGCCGUGCCCCCUGUGCUACCUCCUGCUGACCUGGAGCUGGAGAAACCCAUUACAGCCAGUUCAAACUGACCCGAACCCCUUUACAUGCUGAUCACCGACUCGGCAUCAUGUGAAAAGAUUAGUUUAGUAAAACUUUCGAACACCGAACCAAGGUUUAAAUCCCAAAACGAAGACAUCGGAUAAUUAGGAUAAUUUAUUAUUCAUGGUAGAAGCGGUCGUCUCUCGCCAUGUGGAUUCUAAUCCGAUUAACGUUAAGCUACGCAAAACACAGGCCUUUAUAUAUAUUGCAGUGCUACGUCAUAUAAAGCCAUGUGGAACUCCAGAGAACGACUAUCUGUGCUCAUGUGAAUAGCAAAUGUGUGUAUAUAAUGCCAUGUACAGUAGAAAAAAAAAGAGCACAGUGUAUAUGCUGAAAUUAAAAUCUUUCAAUCUGAGUAAUGAAGCACUUUUGAAGCUUUUAUGGAUUCCCCCCCCCCUUCGCUGGACUGCUGUAUGAACUAAAUACGCAGCUAAGAGAUACAGGAACAGAUCAUACCUUUCGGCUCACCUAUAAUGUAUCGCAUUUAUUCGCUGCCCAUAGAAAACAAGACACACGUGUGUACUGGUAAAGGCUAUAACUUCCUCCUCACUCUCCCUCUUUCUCUCGCGCUCUCUCUCCUGCACUGCUGCUGCUUUUGGAGUCGUUGACGCUCUGAAACAUAAGUGAAUAAAAUAAAAGCACAACACACUGCCAAGCGAAACUUAAAA